GGAUGUUGCUUGGUAUUUUUGUUCACUUUGCUCCGAAGCUACUAAAGCUGUUUAAAUUGAGCUUUGUCACUCCAGGGGCUGAAGAGUAUUUUGUCAACAUCAUAAGAGCCAAUAAAGAGCACCGCAAGUCUGGAAAUAUAAAGAGGAAUGAUUAUUUCCAGCUUCUUAUGUCCUUUACAAGAGGCAGAGGAAACUGGAAAAAGCAGUGAAACAGCAGCUGUGACUGACAUUAAUGAGGAUGAUGUUCUCAUCAAUCAAAUGAAGUAUGUUUCACAAUCAUCCUCGCCAUCUAGGCCGGACCUUAAAUUUUUCACGGACAAGGGGUUUGCUGCUCAGGCGGUAGUAUUCCUGAUUGGAGGUUCAGAAUCGGUCUCUGGCACUAUCAGCUUCGCCCUAUAUCACAUCGCCAGGGACCCUGAGAUCCAGCAGCAGGUGAUCUGCGAGGUGGACACAGUCCUUGCCAAACACCAUGGCAGUUGGAGCUAUGAGGCACUCAAGGAGCUUGUCUAUCUUGACCAAGUUAUUCAAGAAACUAUGAGACUAUAUCCCAUCAUUCCGCUAAAUAACAGAGAGUGCACAAUCCCGUACCGUAUACCAGACUCUGAUAUAGUCCUCGAGAAGGGCAUGAAGGUGGCCAUCCCUGUUGCGGGGAUACACAUGGAUCCUGAUUACUAUCCCGACCCCGAGGUGUUCACCCCUGAACGGUUCGCUGGGAACAAUCAUAAACCCAGUUCAAAGUACAUGCCUUUUGGAGAUGGACCUCGUAUUUGUAUUGUGGUGGUGGUAGAGAGCCUGGUCAGUAAAGAUGAGCAACCUGUUGCUGGUCCUGCAGGAGAUCCUGGCGCAGGCCAUUCCCUCCAACGCUUACCAGGAAGCAAGAGCGGCUAUGUAUUGUAUGUGGCCACACAAAAAAAAGGGGAAGAUCACGAUUCUGGUGUCCAGGAUGCAAUUCUGGUGUUCAUAGAGAGUGUUUCCAUAAAUUGGAUCAUUUUUGGAGACCUAAGUAUCAAGGGGAGAAGAGAAAGCAUGAUAGUAGUAGUGCCUCGGAGUGAACGCAACGGUUUCUUCCAUGAGGGUUAA